GCUGCUGUCAGGCUGGGGUCCCUCCCUGACCUUGGCCUCCGUCACCCCCGGCAUACCCAGCCCAUCAUGCUCCUGCUCCCGAUUCUGCUGCUCAUGCCCCAUGCCAGGGCAGCAGAUUUCGGAUGCGGUGAAAGACCCGUUUUCGAGGGCAGGACUCGGUAUUCCCGGAUCGUCGGGGGGAUGGAGGCUGAGGAGGGUGAGUUCCCGUGGCAGGUGAGUAUUCAGGUGGCCAAUGAGCACGUGUGUGGCGGCGCCAUCCUCAGCACGUGGUGGAUUCUCACGGCUGCUCACUGCUUAAAUUUCGAGGAAAUAGCCCCCCAAGAACUGAAUAUCGUGGUGGGGACCAAUGACUUAACCAGCCCGCACAUGGAAAUUAAGCAGGUCACCAGCAUCAUCCUUCACAAGGACUACAAGAGAGUCUCCAUGGACAAUGACAUCGGUUUGCUGCUGCUGGCUUCGCCCAUCGAGUUCAACGGCCUGAAAGUGCCCAUCUGCUUGCCCCCCCAGCCCAGCCCUGUCAGCUGGCGCCAGUGCUGGGUGGCAGGAUGGGGACAGACCAACUCAACUGAAAAAGACUCCAUGAAAAGCGAUCUCAUGAAAGUGCCAAUGGUCAUCACAGACUGGAAGGAAUGUUCCAAGCUGUUUACAAAACUCACCAAAAACAUGCUGUGUGCCGGGUACCAGAAUGCCAGCUACGAUGCCUGCCAGGGUGACAGCGGGGGACCCCUUGUCUGCACCACAGAUGACUCGGGCAGUAAGUGGUACCAGGUGGGCAUUAUCAGCUGGGGCAAGAGCUGUGGGCAGAAGGACACCCCAGGAAUAUACACCCUCUUGGCCAAAUACGUCCGCUGGAUCAAGAACGUCACGCAGCUGGAGGGAAGGCCCUACAGUCUUAAGGAAAUGAGGAAUUCUCCAAAUCAGCCGCCUCAGAACUCCAGAACCCCAGCAAGCCCCACACCCUGGCUCCUGCCUUGUCUCCUGCCCUGCCUGUUGGUCAGAGCUGUUUUCAACUGGUAAUAAAACAGGUGCAAGUCCCUCACCAAA